AUGACAGAAGCUUACACAGUGAGAUUAAAAAAUCUGUUAGUAUACGUUGAAUUACUAGAACAACUCCGAUCCAAAGGUCAAAUAGGAGGGCCUUUAAGCUCUCAUUUAGCUCUUCAUUUGGUGGCAAUGCUGCCGAGAUUCUUAACAUGUCAUUCCCUUCACAAUACUUUGCAUCGUUCGUUAUACAGUACUACGUUAGUAAAGGUACCGAGAACCAGAUCAUUCAGCGACUCAACAGAUCAUUCUGCAGAGAAAGUAUUGGGUAUAAUACAGAAUUCGAAAAAACUCGUCAAUAAUGAAAAGCCUGCAUUCAGAGACUACUGGAAAUUCGUGUCGACCACUAAAAACACCGCGAAUUCGGUUCUGCGCAGAAUACCAAUUGACUCCAUAGCUCAGUUUGUUAACGCAAAUAAGCUCAAUUCUUCAACCGUAAGGGGAUUUUAUAGACGAGAAAUGAUUUACAACCUCCACUGCGACUUUCAAAAAAUCCAAGAACUAGCUGAAAAACUGCAUAUCGACCCAGAGUUAAUCAAGUCGAAAACGGACAUUCUAGCCUUUUGCAUAAAUGACUCGAUAAAGACUAAGGACAUUAUGAUCGCCGUUGAAGUAUAUCUUCUUUACUACAAGCUGUAUGAAACAGAGCCUCUAAACAACGAUCUGUGCCAAUCAAUAAUCUCGGCCUUGGCAUUUGAAAACCCCCGCUACGACCACAUACAUUUGCUGAAAUUUUUGGAGUUGGACCAUUUGCAUGAAAUCAGAAACACUAAGAUGACCUUAACGCGGACUCAAAUUGCAACUAUAUGUAAUAAGGCGCUGGCAUUAGAGCACUCGCCUAUUUUAACAAAAAGCGUUUUGGACAGAGCUAUGAACAUAGAGCUAACGCCUAUUUCUGAUUUCAGAAACGAUAAAAUAAUUGCGGCUUAUCAUCUAAUAGAGAGAGAUUAUGCAAUAAACAAUGCGGCAGGUGUCUUUCUCACCUGGACCACUAUCAAGAAUUACUAUACAUCAGUGGAAAAGCAUGACCCGCGGAUUAUUUACAAGUUGAUCAACAUUUUCACUCACCACAAAGCCUACAGAAAGGCUUGCAAGGAGUUAGUCGCGAGUCUGAGUCCUUAUUUUUAUUCCAAUAAUGCACUUUUACUGCCAUCCUUAAUCGAUUACGCUACCAAGACGAAUAAUUUAUCCUUAGCAAGGGAACUCAUGAAUAACGUUAACAAGUUUCUGGAUAAAAAUAAUACACAGGUUGUUUUGUUUAGCAAACGAUGUCUUUCAUCGAUGUUACGGAUGCACCUAAAAUUCAAAGAUUCAAACGGUGUGGACCGAGUCCUGAAAUAUAUACAAGAAUCAUUUGGAAAACCUUCAGAAGAGAAUCUUUCUUCGAUAGUAUCUCAUUUGGUAGAGAUCAAAUCAUUCGACAACUUGAAAAAAGCUGUACAAUUAGUGGACAGCUUUCCUACCAAGAGAGCUCUUUUAGCUUAUGCCUCAAUCAUCAAUAAAAUCGUCGAAUGGCAAAUCGCUUCGGAUGACAGAUUUACCGCAGCAUCGUUACCAGUAGUAGAUAAACUGCUUCGCAGAGCCCAUAUUCAAGAUCCCAAUCACAAGAGCUCACUUUGGAAUAUCAUCGCAUCACUAUUCAUUAAAAAGAUAGUACAUCAUCGAAAUUUCCAACGAAAAACAUUCAGUUCCAACCUCUACUCCAAGGGAAAAAAAUUGGACACUGCAAAUUUGGACCUUGCUAAACUACUGUACCUACGGAGCAAGAAAACCCAGAGGGACUCCAGCAUGAUUGACGUCAAUCCAUUCAUAAGAUCGAGUCCGCAUAAAAUCGUCUUAAAAAUUACAGAUGGCAAUAGAUUCGUCAUACUUAGAAAUAUUGCAUUGAAUGCUAUCAAGGGAAGACGCAAAGAUAUCUUUCUUUGGUGCUGUUCAGAACUAUAUCAACAUGGUAUGCCCGUGAAGGAAUUACUACUCGAUUGGAACAUGAUGCUUGACCACCAGAUGAGACGAGCGAGCUUUCCUGAGAGAAAGCAAAUAGAUGAGAAACUCUCAAUCGGAAAACUGGCCUUCAUAAGUAAAAACUUGAAAUAA